GGUGAUCCGAAAAAGAUCCAACCUCAUCUUCAGAGACUGGUGGAAACAUCCCUGAGACGUUCACUUACGAGUCUGUUGCUGCGCGAUUAGUGGAUCAUCGGCACACUUCUCAACACUUUCUGCAAGGCUGUUUCCAAAUGUCUUUCUCGCACUGCUGGAUUGGUCGACUCAGCCUCACAAAUGACGACCUCACUCGAGAAGCUGAGUCGCCGACAAGCGUUGGCAUCUCAGCAUUUGUCAAGAUUUCUGUCUCGAUUUUUUUUGGUGUGUUGUCUUCUUGGGCUACUCUUGACCCAUGGUUCUGGAUCUGGAGGGGCUGGAGGAACAAAGUUAAGCCCUCUUCUAGUGGCAUUGAUCCUCGAAAUAGCUCCGAUUUUGCCCAUGCGCUCGACGUCAUUGACAAAACGUCCACUUUUUUUUUGGGACGACGGCUGUUAAAUUGUUGCCGAUAUCCUUACGAGCUGGACUAAGCAUUAGCCAGGAUCAUAUUGGCGUCGCCCAAGCUCGACUCUGCGAAUCUUUUCAAUGACCCCAUCCCCUUUUAUACGUACCUCCA